GUGCAUGUUGUUCUUGUGGAGCGUACGCCGUAAUGCACGUGUCGCUUAGUUAAAUCGUGAUAAUUUCGUGAAAUUCCUUUUAAUAUCGUUCCAAGUGAAAUGGUGACCACCAUGUCCGACGACGAAAUUGACCAGUUCGACCCGGUAGCCCACCGGAAACUGCUGGCCGGAAUCAACAGCAUUGUGCGCAGUCAGGAUGUCCAGAAGGCAACUCGCACCGAACCGACGAUCAAAAAGUCCGAAUUCAAUCUGGUCAAGGCACGGUUCAGCUCGGAGGAUGGCCACUCAAGGUCCAAAUCGGCGAUUAAGGUCGAUGACUUGUUGGGGAUUUUGAAGAAAACCGGAAAGAAUGUGAGCUUGAGCAAGGAUCUGGCUCAGAUCAAAACUAAAAAGAAAACGCUAAGGAAGCCUCUGGAAAAACCGCUGGCGGAUCGGAUUCAACGGGAUACGCUUUAUGGGAAGGCCCAGACCAAUUUGGACCUGUGGGAACCGGUGGUAACGGCGAGCGAUGUAGCCCCUCAAACGGUGUUCCCUCUGCAGUAUGGGAAUGUUGGAAUGGUCAACGAAGCGCCGCAGAAGCUGGCCCAAUAUCGAGUGAAGUCCGAUUUGAUGAAGGCAAUGGAAGAACUGGACCGGAAGUAUCAGAAAGAUGAACCUGAGGAAGCAGAGGAGGAUAAGUACACAUUGACGCUGGAGGAGUUGAGGCAGAAGCGGAAGGAAGCAGCGCGGCAAAAGAUGAGGGAGGCUUACAAAAUUGCCAAAGGCCGGAGGAUGAAUAAAAUUAAGAGCAAAAAGUUUCACAAGUUGAUGAAACGGGAAAAGAUUCGCAACCAGAUCAAACAGUUUGAGGAGUUGCAGAAAACAGACCCAGAAGCGGCGUUAAAGCAGUUGGAGUUGAUCGAAAAGCAGCGGUACCAGGAAAGAGCAACCCUUCGGCAUAAGAACACCGGAUCCUGGGCGAAAAACAUGCAAAUCAGGGCCAAGUACGACAUGAACGUACGGAAGGAAAUAUCCGAACAGUUGUCCAUCGGGAAGGAACUGAUGGCGAAACAGUUGGCGGAGGACGAAUCUUCGGAAUCGGGCGAGGAAGAGGUGGUGAUGGAAGAAGACGAAGGGGAAGAUAAUCCUUGGGUGCGCCGGAAGAAGGGCGAACACGAAGCGGAAGCUAAUCGGGAGUUUACCAGUGGCUACCGGAAGUACUGGGACCAGAGGAACAAGGUGGAAGAGGUGAAGAAGCGGAUGCAAAACGAGGAUCAGGUUGAGGAUGACCAGGAGAGCGGAGAUGAGGAAGCUGGAUUGGGUUCGGAAGGCGAAGAGCAGGAUGAGGGAGAUUCUGAAGAGGAACGACAGUUGGAAGUUUUCAAAAAUAAGGUCAAAAAAUCGAAGGCCGUUUCAACCAGCGCCUGGGAGGAGGAAGAUCUUAGCGAGUCAGACGAUAAAUCACCCACAGUAGCAGUCAAGAGGAAAAAAGUAAGCAACCGCAAGGAGAUGAAUCUAGAGGAAAUGUUCGAUGAUGCUCAGGAAGCUCUCGAGAAAAAGAUUCAAGAAAAGCUGGCGAAUGUUCGUAAACUGACCGUGGCUCAAAAAACUAAUAAAAAUCAAAAGAUGAACCAACCAAAAUCCAAGAAGAAAUCCGAUCUGGCGUUCAAAAAGAAAGCUUCCCUAGUGGAUGCAGAUUUGGAAUUGAAUGAAACUACUGGAAAGGAGAAAGAUGAUGAUGAAGCUAGGUUCUCAUCAAACAUUGCGAAAUUCUUCACUGAAGACAAAUUGCAACAAUCAACUGGUACUCCAUCGGAGGUCACCAUCAAUCCGAGGCAAUUCGUUCAGAUGAAACCGAAGCACCUCCUGAAUGCCAUCCCAGACUUGACCACCGGCGGUGAACUUUCCGACGACGAAGAAGAGCACAAUCAGAAGCUCACCAUAGCGGAAGCCUUCGAAGACGACGACAUUGUUGCGGAUUUCGAGCAGGAAAAGCAAGAGGAACGGGAUCGCAACAAACCCAAGGAGGUGGACACUUUCCUGCCGGGUUGGGGCUCAUGGGGUGGUUCCGGAAUCAAACAGCGGCCAGCCAACAAAACGCGCCGAAAGAUGUUUAAGGCACCGCCGGAGGUUCCCCGAAGGGACGACAACAAGGAACGGGUCAUCAUCAACGAGGACACCGUGAGCAAACAGCUAUCGUCCCAUCUGGUGAACGAGCUUCCGUUCCCCUUCGUGACCGUGAAGGACUACGAGGCGUCGCUGAGGGCACCUGUGGGAAGGACGUUCAUUCCGGAGACGGCCCAUUCGACCCUGGUUGAGCCACGAGUGGUGACCAAGAUGGGAGCCGUUAUUGAACCGAUGAAGAAGGACAUUCUACUGCAGGACGUGAAGAAGAGCUUCCGCGUGGGCGGCAAGCAGUACAACAAGGCGGUGAAGAAGUACGAGGAGUUCUUGGAGGAGGCUCAGACAUGAGUUUGUUAUUUUAGAUUUAUCUAAUGUUUAUUUAAGGAAUAAAAUAAAAAAACAAU